GUUCUGAUUGGCGCGCGACUGCGAAUGGACGAAUCAGACGAAUCGAACAAUCGAACUUGAUACAUUGAUAUAUCCACAUCGGCAAUGUAACCAGGCUUUAAUAUAGUGUCUGUAAACAAACAAAACUGCUGAUAAGUAACCUUGAAGUCUCAGUUGCCGCAUCCUUAUCUAUCACCGUUCACGAAAUUCUUCCUGAAUUCCUGAAAUUUAAUCAGAAUUUGACUACCCUGCUCACCAAACUAACGGCGCCAAAGUUGCUGUUAACAAACUUUGUACUCAGAGGAACAAUCCCUUGCGCCAACAUGGGAAGUGAAACUUGCUCUGUAUCAGAGAAGACUGGUGAUUGGUGGAAGAAUGCUAAGUCUGUUUACGAUUUUACGGCCAAAACUACCACUGGCGAGGAAGUCUCACUUGAAAAAUAUAGAGGCCAUCCAUUGUUAAUCGUCAAUGUUGCAUCUCAGUGUGGCUACACUGGCACCCAUUACAAGGAAUUAGCAGAACUUGAUGAAAAAUAUCGUGAAAGCAAAGGCUUGCGUAUUCUAGCUUUUCCCUGUAAUCAGUUCGGUGGUCAAGAGCCAGGAAGCAAUGAAGAAAUUUCGUGCAGCAUCAAAAAGUACAGUCCCAACUUUGAUAUAUUUGCCAAAAUAGAUGUCAAUGGAAAUAAUGCCCAUCCUCUGUUCAAGUACUUGAAGCAUAAGCAAGGAGGAUUAUUGAUUGAUGCCAUCAAGUGGAAUUUCACCAAAUUUAUCAUCGAUAAAAACGGACAACCAGUUGCAAGGCAUGCUGCAAAUAAGAACCCCUUGGAUUUAAUUCCAGAGCUCGAAAAAGUUUGGUGAAUCAAGCCCCAGCACAUGCUCAACUUCUCACGGCGUUUUCUUAUAUUCAUCAUUUUAUUUUUAUUUCUUGCUGUUGGAAAUUUUUUUUAAGAUAUUUAAUCACACCAUAGCCGGUUGAUUAUUGAAAUUGAUUGGCAAAGUCAUAGGCAAAGAGAAAAUGGAGCGAUUGUAUUAGUGGAAGCGGAUGGCUCCAAUAGACAUAUGACGUAAGUAUUAGACUAACUAACAACAACCUGCUAAAGAUCUUUUAGUCAUUUUGUCAUUUUCCACCUGAAUUUAUAAUAACCUGUUGUUUCAACCUCUAGGAUUGCUCCAUUUUUCCUUUGUCUAUCAAUUUUAAUAAUCAGCCCGCGGGGUUUUUAGUUUUUAAUUUGUUAUUGUGGAAAAGUAGUCAUUGCUAUCUCUGUCAAGGGUUGAGGGAAAUACCUUGAGUGGUUUUUAUUUUUUAAACUUCAAUAUAAGUAUACGUUUCUUCUUUCGAUCAACAGUAGCUGAGCCAUCUCAUCAAUCUUGUUCGCAAGUUUACUUGUAAGUAUACUUUGGUUGAACAAUUCCAGCUCUAUGCAUAUUUUGAUUGUUCUACCAUCUCGAUCCAUUUGUUCACAGACUGGGACCAAAAUUAGUGUCGAUUCUUAAGUUUCUACUGGAUCAUGAUUUUUUUCAAUUUUAUCUGUUUCUGAUUCACCUAAAUACUAUUAAUGAUCAGUCUCAAGUUGAUCUUUUAGUCAUAAGCUUUUAUAUCAAUUACAACUAGGAGAUAAACUAUUUUUUUACCUCUUGCCAAUAUAUUGCCUUGGAACAAAGACUAUAUUUUUUGGUUUUGUUGGGAAAUUUGAAUGAAGCCCUUGACUCAAAUAAAGUAUUAUUAUGAUGUAAUCUCCGAGCUAUCUGGUUUUCAUUUAUGCCAGCUGCUAUCAAAUUUUAUCAGGACUAUUAUGCAUUGUCUGCUUGCUUUUUAUUAAUAUGUUUGCCUGAAAUAAUAUUCUUUAACAUCAUUGAAGUAUAUUACAUGGCCAUUAUCAAAAAUAUGGGAGCACAGUAUCGAGUUUCACUGAAAUUCAUCAAAAACUUAACUUUUUAACUUAAGUAAGCCAGAUUUGUAUAAAAAGAGUAAACAUUUUGACACUAUCCAUCUAUAUGAAGUUUUUCAAGAUUUUCCUCACCAAAGUUAUUAUUUCUAAAGACCCAGCAUCUAUUACUGCCGCGGUCAUCUUUCUCAAUUUCAAAUUCUUUCUCGGAAGUUGUAUCAAAUUUAUCUCAUCGUCUAGUUUCAUCCUUUUGUUGCAAUAAGUUCCUUCUAAAAUUUUAAAGUCAUGCUAAUUUAGAUGGUUUUGUAUCUUCAAAGUAAGGCUCUUAUUCUUUUCUAGUGCAUACUUGUCAACAUCUAUGUAAUUAGAUAAAUGACUUGUAGAAGAAAAUUUUCUGUUUGUCUAAUAAGUGGUAAUUUUCAUGAAAUUCAGUGCCAAACUUGUAUUUGUAUGAGAUUAAAGGAAUGUUCAACUACACACUCUCUCAAAUAAUUUGUGGACAAAUUCAAAGGUUUAAGUGUAUACUGAAUAAAAGAAGACUAUGUAAUGAUACUGAUAUGUUUCUAUGUGAAUUCAUGUAUUAAAACUUACUUAAAAGUAUGGUGGAAGCAUUCAAAGAAAAUAUACGAAGUUAUAUGCA